UUAUUAGUCAGCGCCAUUGUUCACAGCAUCUUAAUUGCUCGACUUUUCUCUCUGUGUCUCACCAUAGAAAUCUUGGUACUUCACCGUUUUUCCUCUCUCUCUCUUGCUGCUAUUUCAGUUUAUUAUUUAAAGGUUGUUCCUGAAGUAAACGUUUUCAGACACUUAAGACUGAAACUCUCCUCUACUUGUCCUACCACCACCACCACCACCAUCACUACAACUACUGCUACUGCCACCACCAUCACCUAAUAUUAGUGCUACUACUACUACUGCUCUCUCUCUCUCUCUCUCAACACACCUCGUCACUGCUUCAACACAACCUGCUCUGACGGUUACUGCUGCUACAACUGCUGCGUAAUUUACAAUGACAGAAACGAACCACCACAGUACUCCGGGACCCGAACUCACCCUUUAUGUGAAGGCCGGGCAAGCUGGCCAAGGAUUCGGCGCCUGUCCGUUCUGUCAACAGAUCCACAUGAUCCUGGCACUGAAGGGCCAAGAAUACGAUGGCAAGUUGUUCGAAGUUGUAGUCAUCGACCCUGGCCGGCCACCGGCAGAGUUUCGCAAACAUGCCAACCGACUGCCUGUUUUGAAACACGGUGACGAAGUGUUGACAGAGAAUGAAGAAAUCAUCAACUACAUUGACAAGAAUUUCCCUGAGCCUGAUCUAUCGUACUCGGACCGGAGGGCUCAUACUGUGUGUUUAGACGUCUUCUCUAAAUUUGCUCACUACAUCAAACAGGUAAGCACUUCUCCCGACCACCUCAUCUCAGAGCUGUGGCGAGUCAGUGACCACAUGGUAGAUUCCGGCAACAAGUUUCUCUGCGGAGACAAACUGACCCACCUCGACUGUUUGAUGUUACCUAAGCUUCAGCACAUCCGAGUAGCAGCACUGGCUUUCAAAGAUUUCCACAUCCCUUCCACCAUGACCGGCAUCUGGAGGUACCUGUGGAAGGCCUACAAGGAGCCUAUUUUCCAGGUCUCCUUGCCUAGCGACCAGGAAAUUGUUUACCACUGGAGUUGUAAAUCAGAAACACCACUAUUAUCCGAGGAAAAGAAAAGGAUUUACUGUAUUGAUGGUGAACCCCAGUAUGAUGUGUCGAUGCCAGACGGAUACAAAGUCCCAGAAGACAGUGAAUAAUAAUGAUAUUAACAUUGCAGCAUGUUUUGACACAGGAUUUUUUCUUCUCAGUGAGCAUCCUUUGAUAUAUAAAUAUAUACAUAUAACACACAUAUAUAAAUAUACACACACACACACGCACAUUUAUAUAUAUAUAUAUAUAUAUAUAUAUAUAUAUAAAUUUAUGUACACAAAUAUAAAUAAUAAAAUGUAACAACAAAAGAAUGAGACUUCGAUAUUAGAGAAAUAGAGGAUUAUUUAUAUAUCUGUUAUAAUUUGGAACAGACAGUAAAAGUUUGUUAUUAUGGCCAACGAGAAUGUACUGUAGCCCUUCGCUCCAACAUUUGAAACCCCGAGUACUAUAAUAACCUUUUACUUUUUGUUCUAAAUUAUAACACACACACACACACAUAUAUAUAGUAUAUAACACACAUACAUACAUAAUAUGCAUUCAUAUAUAUAACAUAUAAUACAUAGACAUAUACACACAUACAUAACACUUUAUAUUAAAUAUACAUACAUUGAAAAUAUACGUAUAUAAAGGAUACCUGUGAAUACAAGAAGUGUCAAGUGAUUGUUUAUAUUUAUCACACUUGCUUGGUAUGUAUACGUGCAUAUAUACAUAGGUCCACAAAGCAUUGUGUGUGCAUGUGUUUUUAUAUAUAUGAUAUAUAUAAAAAAAAAAAAUGUAUUAAGAUUGUGAAAGUUUUUCACUGUAGUUUCUUAAUGUCCAGUGUCGAACUGACUGGUCACAGUUUCAAUUUAGUGCUAGAUACUCUGUUGAACGAAGAAAGGGGAAGUUUUGCUGGCCAAAUACUUGUUGAUGACUUUGAAAUUCUAUUUAUAAAUCAAAGAAAGAAAAAAAAAAAGCACACACCCUUAUAUGACUUUAUAAAAAAGCUAAAUUUUUUGGUAAUUUGCUCUUCAAUACUCUCUCUCACUAUCUCUUUCUUUGGGCUUUGUUAGCUGAAAUGGUCCCUCUGUAAUCUAUUUGUAAGCCCUACCUGUUCGGGGAUCCAUUCCACUUACAAAGCAUCACACAUACACAUUUUAGUUCUGAAAUGUAUAUGUAAAAACUGCCCAGGUUAGUGAUGUCUGCAUAAUGGUUGAAUUUUGUUAAUUGUUGCACUGAACAAUGGCUAAAUUUGGUAGGAUUUUCUUUUGUCAACAACCUUUUGUUGUGACUUGGAAGUUCAAUUGGUUAUUGAGUUUACCGACGACUUGCUUUCAAACUUGUAUUAGUUUUAGCCAAGAGGGUAUAAAUGGCAAGGCUUUUUUAUGUCUGCUAAUCUUUCCUCGCCAGUGAACAAUAUUUUAAUUUUAAAUUUAAUUACAGCCACUACCUGUAUAACGUAAAAAGUAUAAAAGCUGGGGGGGGAAUGUUAUGUAUGUAUCCAAGUGUUUUGGGUGAUCAGCAAAAAGAAAAAGAAAAAAACAGGUUGUGUGUGGAGGUGGGUGGAUACAUGUGUGGUUGUGUGUAUUUGUAGGCAGAUGUGGCAGAUUAAAUUUUUCUGUUGUAAACUAUAUUUAUAUGUAAGGGAAAAAAACAAGACUUAGUCCUGUCACUCAUUAUUUUAAUAUAUUGCAUAUGUAUUAUAUGCGUAACAUAUUGUAAUAUAUAUUCCAUAUAGAUAUAUUGUAUAAUUUUGAUAACACUGUUGUUUGUUGAGGUAGAGGCAAAUUUAGUAUAAUAUAUAUAAUAAUGUUAUUGUAAUGAUAGUAUUAUAGUAAUGUAGAUGUGUUGAAAUAAUUACUGUCGUUAAAAAAUGAUUUCUGUUAAAAGUGAAGAGAUACUAGUAGACUAGUAGUUUGUUCUGAGUUCACCUAGUUGUGUUGUUGUUGUUGCUGUUGUUAGUUUGUGAGUAGUUUUGGUAGGAGUGUGUGUUGUGUACGCGAACGGUUUGAGUAGAUGUAAAAGAUCAGUGUGCUAGUUUAGUUUACUGUAAACUGCAGCCUCUCUGUCAGAGAUGAUAGCAGACAUCUGUGAAAUGAAUUCUGGUUUCUUGUCUAAAAAGACUAAAAAAAAAACCACCACCACCACCACCAUCUCCUCCAUCUUCACUGCACCAAACCUCCACCAUCCAUCUUCUAGUACAGACAUCGAGCUAGCUUGAUGUGGUGUAAUAUUCAAAUAACGUUCUUCUGUCAUAGACUUCUUCUCAUGAAACUUUUAAGGGGAGGAGGGCUACAAGCAAGCCAUCUACAUUGGUUUAUAAGCCAUUAAAUACACAUACAUGCGUACGCUUACACCUCUACACACAAACAUUAUACAACUCUCGCCGUUCUUGGUUAAGUAGGCAAGUCAAAGAAGAAGAAGAGGAGGAGGAGGAAUAAGAUACAAUUUUUAUUUUGUUUGACUUAUUUUUCUUUGACUGGCUGUUUUGGAGUUGUGAUAACUUGUUGGUUCUUAUCUCCCAAACUUCCACUCUCCAUGAUAAAAAUUAUUCUUUUCUAGCUUAUAAACCCAAGCAUUAUCACAAUAGCUUGUUAGUUCAUUGCAUAAAAAAAAUCAUUCCAACUUAUGGUAUCAGUAUUAUUACAAUAGGUUAUUAUGUCUGUAUUAAAAAUUAUCAUUACUUAUAAUAUCCAGUAUUAUUACAGUAAUUCAUUAAUUCUGUGUUGAGUUCUACUGUCCAACUUAUACCAUCAGUAUUAGUAAUUCUUCAGCUUGUUCUCUUUGUUCUUAGCCCUUUUCUUACCAUAUUUCUGUUUAGAUAUUCUUUAAUUCUUUAACUUGUUUCAGUCAUUUGACUGUGGCCAUGCUGGAGCACCGCCUUUAGUCAAGCAAAUUGACCCGGGACUUAUUCUUUGUAAGCCCAGUACUUAUUCAAUCGGUCUCUUUUGCCGAACCGCUAAGUGACUGCUUCUGUUGUAAUUAAUUUUGAGAAUAAUGAAUUUAUUUAGUUAAAUGCCAUUAUUUAGCCAGUGUUUGGAACAUAAAUUAACAGGAAAUUUUUGACGGAAGACUUUAAUUUUGUUCACUUUAAAACAGAAAGUUUGUAUGGAAACGGGGUCAGUUUCAGGUGGGGUUAGUAUGAAAUGGUUAAAUCAUGGACAGACCAAAGCAUUUACCAACCUAAACAAUGAAAUAUUAUCUUUAUAUCCUUUUCUAUAAUAAUUCUAUAGACUUUCUUUCACCUAUUCCUCACCAAUUUUUCUGAUGAAAUACCCUGCUUCUCCAUGUUUCCAAUUUAUAUUAAAAAUAAUCAUGGACUUUGCAAUACUUUAGUAAAAUAAGCUGUUAUUGUUUGGAACAUAAUGGAAGUUUCAGACUUAAAAUUAAGAUAGGAGGAUGAAAUUUUUUAAAAAUAAACACUUUUUUAACAAACGAAAAAAAUAACUGGACAGUUUUUGUAUUGUGUAAAAAAAACCAAAGGUGGUAUGAUGCAGGUUAUUAAGAAUGGUGGGUUACAAGAAUACAGUUCUGUAGAUUAGUGUAAAACUGGCAAAUGGAUUGUUUAGGAUGGAAAUAGAAAGGAAGUGAGAUUAAAAAACAAAAAGAACCCAACACUGCUCCCAUGUUUAGAUUUGAAUAAUCGUUUCAAGCACUUUUCCUUCUUUUAAUACACACCUAUUUUUCUUACAUCUCCACAUUUACAUUCUUUAUAUGCAAAUGCAUUUUUUUCCUCCCUUCUCUUUCUGUAUUGAAGUAGUCAGCAGUUUAUAGGAGAGGAGUUUAGUUCUUUCAUUUGAUUAUUUCUGUUGAAAUAUAACUGCUUAUGUUUCAGUUAAUUUAAAAAAAAAAAAAGCGAAGUAUUUAGUAAGGCAACUCAUUAUUAAACGAGUGUUUAACGUAACAGGAAAUGUUGACGGUAGGUUUUUAGCUUAGGUUGCUUUAACCCUUUUGUUACCAUAUUUUUGUUAUUCAGUAAAAUAACUUUAUUAAACUUGUGUCCGGAACAUUAAAUUAACAUGAAAUUUUCAUGGAAGGUUUUGGUUCAGUUCACAUUAAAACAGGAAGUUUGUAUCGUAGAACCAGGGAUGGUCUCAUGUGGAUUGGUAUCAAAAGGGUUAAAAUAUCUUGGAUUCUGUUUGUUGUAUCACAAACAAAGAAUCAGUGGAUUUUUUUUUUGGUGGGGGUAGGGUUCGUAGGGAGAGAUGUAGAUCUUUGUAAACAGUAAAAGCAAUCAUUAUUUGGCAGUCUCAAAAACUCAAUUGUUUGAUCUUUCAUAUUCCUCGGACUUUGAAAAGUUUGAGGAAUACGAAUGAGAGUCAAGCAAAGUCUGGAGAGCUGUCAGGGGAAGAAUACACACAUUGCCGUAAACUUAGAAUUUAGUUUAAAAACCUUAGAACUCAUAGAGACUAAAGUGGAAUGGGACAUCUGGAGGACUGCUUGUGUUAUUAGUAAAUACCUACCAAAAUUUAGACUCUUUGGACCAAUUGUCUUUCUUGGACCAAUCGUCUUUCUUGUGCCUUCAUUUGCUUGAUAUCUGAUAAAUAUAUUAAACAAAAAAAAAUAAUAAAAUAAAAUAAAACAAACCCCUGAUAAUUUCCUUGGUGGAAUUCACAUUGAAAGAGCAUAAGUUUCUGAAUUUUCUACUCUUUCUCUCACACACCCCACUUUUUGAUUUUAUUUUUAAACUCUCCCCCUCCCCUCAAAUUAUGAUCUGAAUUGCUAUCUUUAUUAUAAUAUCCACAUCAGUGCUUCCUUGAUUCUUUAAAAUACUCAGAUAAAAAAAAUGAGAGUGGUUUUUUUUCUCUUUUUAAGAGCACACAAAUAGGGAGCCCUGCUCUUUUGCAAAUGUUUCCAUAAAAUGGUAUAAGCUCCCACUCAAGUUUCAAUCCCAGCUCAAAGUCCCUAUCUCUUUAAUUUAUGCCACAAUUGUAUUUGGGGUCUGGGAUGAUGAGGAUAGGUGUGAAUGUUACAACAUCCUGCUUCUUGCUCUUCCUUAUAAAGAAAAUUGAAAAAAACAAAAACAAAAACAAAGUGACCCUUUUAAAGGUAUGAUCUAUCCCUAAUAAGCCAAAUUGUGUUUGUGUGUGUGUGUGUGUGUGUGUGUGUGUUUGACACUUGGUUUUAAUUAAUUAAAAUUUAAUUGUUGGAAUUAGAUUUUUGUUGAAAUUCGUUUGGAGAAAAUAAAAUUAUGCAAUAAAAGUGAAAUUGGUAACUGAGAAAGCUGAUAAUGUUAAUUCAGUUUGAUAUUCUUGGAAGAAUAUAUAUAUUGAAAGCAGUUUGAUAGUGGUGGCCACCAUGUGUCACUUGUUUCAUAUAAAUACAACCACACAAGUAUGAUAUAGUGUUGUCUGGGCACACUAUACAACUACUAUAACUAAUAUUACUUCAAUCUAUUGAGUCUAUUUUAGUGGCAUUACUGUUAUUUUGUGUGUGUGUGUUUACUCUCUUUGAAUAAUGGAUAGAUCUGAUGUGGUGGUGAUGUUUUAGAUCCCAACUGCAAAAUUGUGGCAAAAAAAAAAAA